GAUAUUAAACUAUUUUAAAGUGUUCUGAAUUUGCAAAUGGAACAAGAGAAACAUUAAUUGAAAAGCAGAGAAGAAUCUGCAGAGAAGUGUCUGUGUGAAGUGAAAGCUUUCGGUGAGCUUUAUUAAGUCCUGCAUAAGAGUGUAAAGCUCCUGACCCUUGAAGAUGGAUGAGUUGACAUUUGAGAUAGUCCAUGCAGGAGAGGUGACGGAAGGGUAGUAUACUUCUCAUUGUGAGAGAAUAUGCAGUGUGUCGAUGAUCCUGAGUGAACUCCAUCGGGAGACUCCUCGAGCUCAUCCACAUUGACUCUUCGGCAAGUGAUGUGCCACAAGAGCGCCCCACAAUGGCGUGCGCUUUCUAUGGCGGGUGCGCUGAACCACGAGCUUUCUCAGAGUGUCAGUUGUACUCGAAACGCCGCAACGAACACAUCACACUAUAUUAAAUCGCCCCACGAAAUCACAGUUCAAACUCGUGUUUGUCUCUCAAAGAGCACCACCUUCAUGUCAUCAUCUCUUAAUCUGCAUCAUCCCCUUGUUUGAGUUGAUUUGAGAAUAUAUUUCAGUGGCACAAAUUUCACCAUUGAACACAUGAAGAAUAUUUGCGGCAUAUAUUCUUGAAGCGAAAUAUUUAGUGAUGCUCUUUGCAUAGUAAAAGUUUAAAGAAGCUGAAAGUGUGGUGUUUUUAUUCCCUUAAUCACGUGGGAUAUAUAGAUUGGAUAUUUUUCCAGUCAUUUAUGCAAUGAGAGGAAUCAUGGAACAUCCAUGAUCUUACUGCAUGAAAUAAAUGAGAAAACAAUUGCGGAACAUCAAUUGGAAAUUGCAAGAAAUUGAAUAAGAAUUUUUCAACGUAACUUCAAGAUUACAAAAGGGAUUCAGCUUUACAACAAAUUUCCAUAUAUUUAUCAACGGAUAACGGAUCGGACCAAGCUUUUUGAUAUAACAAUUUAUAUUUGAUAAAAAAAAAGAAAAACGUCUCCAAUAAUAAUUGUGACACUUUGAAGGACAAAUCUUUGGCUUUAAUCACUACUACUUCUUUUUAAAUAUCGACAAGAAAAAAUUACGGUACCCAUAAAACAUUGCGUAAAUUAUCGACCAAGGAAACUCCAGAGCUUAUGAAUUUUUUAUUGAGACAUAAAGAAAAUAUAAACACAACAAAAUUGAGUUCAAUAAAUUAAAGUGAGUUUUAUAUAAAAAAAAGAAACUUCUAUAAAGAAAAAAAAAGUUCUCCCAGAAAUUGUGAGAUUUGUGAAAAGAAAGUCAAUUAAAUAAUCCUCAAAUGCCAAGUGUGUGUGAUGUUUUUUAAUGAGAAGAGUGCUAGAAAAUAUUUAUUUUAAUGCGAAAAUAUAUUUCGAAGUUAUAUAGAAUGAUUUAUAGUGAAAAUAUACACAAUUAAAACCUGUGAAAAAUUACAUGGUACUGUGACUUCUAUAGUGCUAAAUUAACAUGUUGAAUGAUUGAAAAUGAAUUGUGUAAAAAAUUGCACACAGUAUUAAACAGUUAUUGUGUGCAACGAGCUGAGAAGGAAAAUAUUCUCUGGAAAAUUUAAUCAUCGAGAUAUCCCACAAGAAAAAAAACGGAAUUGUACGCUAUAGGACAAGAAGCGUAUACUCGGAAAAUUUAAUUCAUCUUGUUCAAUAAAACAUCCCUGCAAGGAUGUCGAUGUUCUUCUUCCGUCUACACAACCUCCAGCGCGAGGAGGAGAACAAGAAGAAACGGAAAGCCGCACAGCGUCAAAGGCAGCGUCGGGGGGCAAAAGUCUUCCGUGGUGUGAAUAAUAUGGAUGGACAUCUAACUUUGGCACCGUCUCGACUCUUCGAGAGAACGCCAAUGAGUCCAUCAGACAGUCUCGAUGAAAUAGCUCUGCAAAUUCCCAGAGUACGAGUUGAAUAUUACGUCAAUGAAAAUACAUUUAAGGAAAGACUGCAACUUUAUUUUAUUAAGAAUCAGAGAUCAAGUCUACGUAUUAGGAUCGCAAAUUUAUUUUUUAAAUUAUUAACCUGUGUGCUGUAUAUAGUUAGAGUAAUCGCAGACCUGGAUCCCACAUUUGCAACUUGUCACGGCUGCCCCGUGGAGAACAAGACGGAAUUUCUUGCGUCGGCUGAUCUCACGGAGGAGCAAUUCCAGGAGAAUCCUAUCAUCAACUGGGAUGCGAUUCUGUGGGUUAAUCGACCAACUGAGCUGUGGGCUGUGCAAUUUGUUCUGGCGAUUGUGUCUCUGACGGAGGCCUUGCUCCUAACAUAUCUGGGUUAUAAGGGAAACAUAUGGCAACAAAUACUAUCGUUUCACUUCAUCCUCGAAUUGGUCACGACAAUUCCAUUUGCACUCACGAUUUUGUGGCCCCCACUACGAAAUCUCUUCAUUCCUGUGUUCCUCAAUUGUUGGCUGGCGAAGAGGUCCCUCGAGAAUAUGUUUAAUGAUCUUCAUCGAGCCAUGCAGAAGUCACAAUCAGCACUCUCACAACAAUUGACAAUACUCAGUGCGACACUUUUGUGUCUCGUCUUCACCAGUGUUUGCGGAAUUCAGCACUUUCAACGAGCCGGUCAUCGUCAUUUAAAUUUGUUUCAAAGUACAUAUUACGUGGUGGUGACUUUUUCCACAGUAGGAUAUGGAGAUUUUGUACCAGAUAUCUGGCCGUCGCAAUUGUACAUGGUGAUAAUGAUAUGUGUAGCACUCAUCGUACUACCCACUCAGCUAUCUCAAUUCCGCGCUCUCAAGUUCGAGCAAUUGGCCUUCACGUGGAUGGAACGCCAAAAACUUGGUGGCAGCUAUUCAUCUCAUCGGGCUCAGAGUGAGAAGCACGUGGUAGUGUGUUCUACUACCCUGCAUGCAGAUACCAUCAUGGACUUCCUCAACGAGUUCUAUGCCCAUCCCCUCUUGCAGGACUAUUAUGUAGUUCUGCUAAGUCCAAUGGAACUGGAUACUACCAUGCGGAUGAUUCUACAAGUGCCAAUAUGGGCACAACGAGUGAUUUAUAUUCAGGGAUCCUGCCUCAAAGAUGGAGACUUGGCACGGGCUCGCAUGAACGAAGCUGAAGCUUGUUUUAUUCUUGCAGCGCGAAACUAUGCUGAUAAGACAGCAGCGGAUGAACACACGAUCCUACGGUCGUGGGCAGUUAAAGAUUUUGCGCCUAGUGUUCCACAGUACGUGCAAAUAUUUCGGCCUGAACAUAAACUCCAUGUGAAAUUUGCUGAACAUGUUGUGUGUGAAGAUGAAUUCAAAUACGCUCUACUCGCCAAUAACUGCACAUGCCCAGGUGCCAGUACUCUUGUUACUCUACUACUGCACACCUCCCGCGGACAGGAGGGCCAGCAGAGUCCUGAGGAGUGGCACAGACUCUAUGGAAAGUGCUCUGGCAAUGAAAUUUAUCACAUUGUGUUGGGCGACAGUCGUUUCUUCGGUGAGUACGAGGGCAAGAGCUUCACCUACGCAAGCUUUCACUCUCACCGGAAGUACGGAGUGGCGCUUGUGGGUGUACGGCCAGCGGAAUUGCCUGAAUUCUACGAAGAUACCAUCCUCCUAAACCCUGGCCCAAGGCAUAUCAUGAAGAAGGAUGACACCUGCUACUACAUGAGUAUUACUAAGGAGGAGAACUCUGCCUUUGUUGUCAAUCAAAAUCAGAACAGUGGCUUAGAACCUGCGAAAGAGGCUAUUGCCAGUACGGAAAAUAAUCCACAUUCGGCAAUCUCCAUAUCGGAAUCUAAAUUAAAUCUCAAGGAGGCAGCAACUCCUUCCUCAGCGACUACGACAAUGUUAGGACAAUCUUCGGCAAUGACUACGACAACGGGAAAUCACCUAGAAUUACCACAACAGAGUAAUCCUAAUCUUCUCAGUCCAGAUGUGCUCAAUCAGCGAAGAGGAAGUCGUCGACCGUCAAUUCUUCCGGUGCCUGACAUGUUCACUUCCUCAUCCUUCAGUAUCAGCGGCAAUGAAGACGGAGACGAAGCUGAGAGUGAAGACGAAUUAGAUGAUGAUGUCCCCUGGAGAUCACCAUCCGAGAAGAUAGCGAUCGUCAAGGGGUUCCCACCUGUUUCACCAUUUAUCGGAGUGAGUCCAACACUAUGCUAUCUGCUCAAGGAGAAGAAACCACUGUGUUGUCUCCAAUUGGCUCAAGUCUGUGAACACUGUAGUUAUCGAAAUGCAAAGGAGUAUCAGUGGCAAAAUAAGACAAUCAUCUUGGCGGCAGAUUAUGCCUCGAAUGGCAUUUAUAAUUUCAUUAUACCACUAAGAGCACAUUUUAGGUCGAAGACCUCUCUUAAUCCAAUCAUUUUACUCCUUGAAAGAAGGCCCGAUGUAGCGUUUUUGGAUGCAAUUUCGUAUUUUCCAUUGGUGUACUGGAUGCUGGGAUCAAUUGAUUGCCUCGAUGAUUUAUUGAGAGCUGGAAUAAAUUUGGCCGAAAAUGUGGUGGUGGUCAAUAAAGAGCUCUCCAAUUCCGCCGAAGAGGACACUCUGGCCGACUGCAACACAAUCGUGGCAGUACAAACAAUGUUCAAAUUCUUUCCCAGCAUCCGAAGCAUCACGGAGCUGUCGCAAAGCUCCAAUAUGCGCUUCAUGCAGUUCAGAGCGCACGACAAAUAUGCCCUUCAUCUGAGUAAAAUGGAAAAGAGGGAGAAAGAACGUGGUUCCCACAUCUCCUACAUGUUUCGCCUUCCAUUUGCCGCUGGGGCUGUUUUUAGUGCUUCAAUGUUAGAUACAUUGCUGUAUCAGGCCUUUGUAAAGGACUAUGUGAUCACAUUUGUUCGACUCCUUCUGGGAAUUGACCAAGCUCCUGGCAGUGGAUUUUUAACUUCGAUAAAAAUCACAAAAGAAGAAAUGUGGAUUCGCACGUAUGGUCGUCUGUAUCAGAAGCUGUGUUCAACCACAUGUGAAAUUCCCAUUGGAAUUUAUCGAACACAGGAUACAUCGGCCUCAGAAUCUCAUGUGAGUAGCUCACCAGUUGCAGAUAAAUGGAGACCAUUUGGAUCGUUUGGAAUGAAAAAUUGCGUGCGAAUGCGACCGUCGUAUGAUGAGGAAUCUGCAACUCCGGGAUCAUCAACAACAAAGGGUACAGCAGAAGCUGGUCUCCGUGGGGUGACUUAUCGCCCCCCGCCACUUCAUAAGUCUACUUCCUGCCUGGGCGGCUGCUCAGAUCGACGUGGUUCUGCUUACUCUCUAAACUUAGCCGAUGAAGCUCGAGAUAAUCAUGCACAACAAAUCGAAAGGGCAGAAAUUGCUAAUCUUGUGCGGAGUCGGAUGGAAUCACUCAAUCUACCUGGUGCUGAUUAUGAUGACGUUAGUGAGAAACGCAAUCACCUAUCCUACGUUAUCAUCAAUCCGAGCUGUGAUCUCAAACUCGAAGAGGGUGACAUUGUAUACCUGGUGCGACCAUCACCCUUCUCUGCCCAGAAGACAUUUGAGCGCCACAACUCACGUCGCAAAUCCAAUAUAUCCUUUUGCUCCAAUUUGGCUGCUGCUGCGGCUGCUGUAGCGGCCAGUGGCUCCCGACGUGGUUCCGGAAUCGGCCUCAAUACCUUGGGCGGUGUCCAGUCAAUGUCCGGGUAUGCUUCACCUCGUGCUCCGCCUUUAGUAACAACCAAAUCCAAUUCACUUUCAUUACCUGACAGCCCUACAGUCGUUGGACAGCAGCGUGGACGCAGCAAUUCUCUUCGGAUUGACAAUGACAUUCUACUGAGAAGAUCAAGCUCCCUGCGUCAGGGACUGCCCAACGUUGGUAUCCAGGGUAGGAGGAAAUCCUCUCUGGAGGAAAUAGGCAUCAGUCACUUCACAACUCUCAUGCAGGCCACAAAUCACAGUAAUCCCAUCAAGAUUGCCCUCAAUGGCAGCAUUGGGCUUGAGGUUAGUAUAAAGGUUACUCCUCCUGAAGAGCCAUUACCUGUUCUUGGUGUUCCUUGCAUGAGUGGUGGUGGUGUAAAUCCAUCUGGUCUUGGCUCAGCUUUAGGCAUAAAUACUCUGGGUGACACAACACCGAGCCCACUCUCUGUACCACAAUCAGAAUCUGCAUCAGCUAGUCCGCAGCAUCUGCAGGGGACGAUUGUAUGACCUUCGCCUAAUCCCUCACACAGUUACAACAUUAUGUGGGGCCGCCGGCUGCGCUCUGCAGUGCAGAAGAACAAAUGGAUCUAAAAGAAUGAUCACAGUGCAGACCGGCGGCAAAAUCUCAAGGGAUGCUUGUGAUGCUCUCCCUCAAACCGACAGAUCAAUAAAAAUGAUAAUGGUAUCAGUACGAAAACGUAAGAUUUCACUAAAAGGUAAAAAUAGAAAACUAAAUACUAAAAGUAGUAUAAAUGAAAAAAAAAUGCAAAUGAAGCUAAUAUUCAAUGAAUAUUAGUGUUAAUAGAAAUGUGUUUUGGGAACAAUUUGUAGCAAUUUAGAUGCAAAUAAAAUUGAUACAGAAACAUGUGAAUAAAGUUGAUGAAUCAGAGUGAAUAAGAAAUGUUAAAUUUUCCUAAAUCCUAUUGAUAGCACAUCAUUUUAAUAAAUAUGAAAUAUUUACCAAAAAAAGAUCUUCAUCACAGAGAUAUUUUUCAUAUCCACGCAGGAAGAAAAACUUAAUGGAACAAAAAUUGAGGUAGUUUGAAAAAAAAAGUAUUUAACUAAUUGAGAAUAAUAAAGGAAUAUAGAAAGAAUUGACCCAAGAAAUUAUAAAUAAAAAUCUCGAGGAAAAGAUGUAAAUAAUGCAUAACAAAAAUAAUAAUUUGCUGCCUUUUUUGGUUUUUUAUCAAUUAUUAUAUAUAUUUUCCUGAAGAUUAUUAUCUUUGUGUAUUCUUUCCGUCUCAAUAGUAAAUUCACAAUUUUAGUUAUUUAAUGAAGGACAUUAGGCUUAUUUUAACUAUAAAUCCAUGAAUUUGCUGCCUAUUAAAUUCCUCUUUAAAGGCAUGAGUACCAAAAUAUUGUGUAAAUUGGGAAAUAUUUAAAGUAUUUGUAAUUUAAAGGAAUAUUUUAACAUAAAGAGCUAAAUUAGUUUAAAAUGAAAAGACAAAAAAAGAUCAUCGACUGACCAUUAAAAAUUAAAGUCAGUAACGCUUUGGUAUACUGUGAACGCUUUACUAACUUACGAUAUGUGACACGCAGAAAAGAAUUGUGAAAAUGCAUGAGAAUUAUAGAAAAAAGGAAAAAAAGCAACAAAAUAAGAAUUAUCAAAAAAAAACUGAAUUGUGUAAGAAAUAUAAUUAUCAAAUAUAAAGAAAAAAUGAAUCACUAAAAUC